GGCGUCUGUGAAGAAAUGACCUAUGAAGAAAUCAAAGAAAAAUACCCCGAAGAGUUUGCAUCCAGAGAUGUAAAUAAGUUCGCAUACAGGUAUCCUCGAGGUGAGAGUUAUGAAGAUUUGGUAGCACGAUUAGAACCUGUUAUUAUGGAGUUAGAAAGGCAAGGAAAUGUGCUUGUUGUAUCACACCAAGCAGUGAUUAGAUGUCUACUCGCCUAUUUCUUGGAUAAAACAGCAGAUGACUUACCAUAUCUGAGAGUUCCUCUGCACACCAUAAUUAAAUUAACGCCUGUUGCUUAUGGCUGUCGAGUAGAAGAAAUUCCUCUCAACAUAGAUGCAGUGGAUACCCACCGGUCCAAACCAACAGAAUCAGGCCAAACUCAACAUGUAAAUACUAAUGAAAAUCUAACUGAAAAUUAAUUUGGAAUGUUUUGUUUUAGCACCACAAUUUAUGUGAUCUUGUUAUGAAAUAUUCAUUAUUUGUGAUCAGUUUUUCUUGCCAGUAGGUAAUAAGUAAUAAUUUUUGAUAUAUAAUUCUCUACUCAAAAAAAAUUGGAUUUAUUUUGCUGAAAUCUUUCUGGACACAAUUAUGAAUUGUUUAAUAGUGCUUCAGAUAAAAUACGAGGGUGAUCUAAAAAGUUUCCGACCCAACAAAGAUACAAGACAUUUUUUUCGGAUGUUUUUUUAUUUCUUGACAGUCUCCUUUUAACUCUACACAUUUUUCCCAGCGUUGCUCCCAUCUCUGUAACAUCUCCAUAUAGUACUAGGCGUUUUUUUCUGCAAGAUGAUCACUUGGUGUUCGAAACACUUGCCGAGGUGUUGAAAAUAACGGUUUGGUGUUGUUCAUGAAGGAGAAAGGGUUUACGAAGGUGAUUGCCUCUCAUUUGACGAAACUCGUGAGUUCUCCAAGCGUAGUUUUUAGAUGUGGGAACAAAAAGAAGUCGCCUGGAGCUAAAUCUGGGGAGUAGGGCGGAUUCGUGGAUUUUCGCCAUGGAGGUAUGAGACGCUGCGUUGACUUGGUGAAACAACGUUUUCUUUUUCUGCAGAUGUGGUCGUUUUUCCGCAAGUUCUACCUUCAGCUCAUCAAAUAAUGUUGCGUAGUUUCAUCUACAGUAAUUAAUCCGCGGCCAAACUCAGAUUUAUUGCGCCUAAACUCCGCCAAAAGAGCGUUGAACUAAAGUUUUUGGCCUAACAGGAUGUGAGCGGAUCGUGACUAAAUGUUGAUUUAAUAUGUGACAAACAUGUUCUUUUGAAAUGAUCAUUAUUCUGCUAUCUCUCUCACUUUCAUUCGGCGGUCGUCUAGCCCCAUUAGGUGAACUUUGGCGAUGUUCUCGUUGGUAGUUGCAGUUUUUGGAUGUCCCAAACUUUCAUCGUCUCCUAAUCUCUUACGGCCACGUUGAAAUUCAGCUUCCCAAAAUGUCACUGUGAUGAGUGAUUGUGUAGAAUCCCCAUACACAGAAUCCAACUCAUCUUUGAUUUGCAUAUAGACGUAUCGCUUCUGAAAAACAAAUAUUUAAUGACAGCUCGAUACUUGAUUUUGUACUUUUUCUCAAAAAUACUCAUAUCAGCUCACUCACACGACUGUUUCAUAACAACUGCGCGUCCAAAAUGGCUUGAACUUUGGUAAGUAACUGUCAACAGAUAAACAAAUGAAAUUCGCUAGCUUUCAUUUACGAGUGCUGCCAUCUUCAUGUUGAGAUCGGAAACUUUUCAGACCACCCUUGUAGUACCUUUGUUGUUGGCAAUAAAUUUAUUUGUCCUCUUGUAAACUAUUGUUUUGGGUAGAGUAUGUGCACAUGCAGGUUUAGAAAAACUAUGCUUUGUAUUGGCCUGGCUCCAUGUAGUGAUUUUUCAUUUUUGUUUACUUCUCUGGUAACUAAUAUUGCAAAUAUUUUAAUAUGAACUUGAUCAGUUUUUAUUUUAGUUCAUAUUUCUUUGUACUUCUUCUUCAUCCUGCUGCUCUGCAUGUGAACAUAAUCUCAUACUAGUUGAACUACUGAGCUGUGAAUGUGAAUGAAUCGCCUCAAUUGGAUUCUCAGGAGAAUUGGUUGAUCAGUCAAACUUUUGAAGUAGGUAUUCUGAAAAACUUUGAAACGCAUUUUCAGUCAUACCUACUUCAUCUUAGAUCUUUUUUACCCUAGAGAUGUUUGAGGAUUUCAUAUAAAAUUCUCAGCCAAUUCUUCUGAUUAUAAAUUAGUUGAGCCAACUUUAGUGGAUGCGGCCAUAGAAACAGCUUUGACGCAUCUUGUUGCUGAAUGUGGUAGGCAUUUGUCAUUAGUUGUAGCCGAUGAAUAAAUAUAAUGUUUGAUCAACAGUAUGAAAGUAGCAAUUGUCUUUUCGUCCAUCCAUAACCUCAUUUCUUCUUCACUUAUUCUUAUUUACUUGGCAAUGUAUUGAAAAAUAGAUUAAGCUGGAAUGGA